AUGUCAAUAUCUCACGAGCCCAAUGCCACGUUCGCUGAAUUAGUGAUCACUAAUGUGAAACCUGAUGAUGAAGGAGUUUACCGGUGUGAGAUCACCUACCUUCAAGUUGGGGAGGAUUGUAACACCGUGCAGGUCACCGACUUCCACACAUACAUUAAACCAAAAUCGGUGGAUUUGAGAACUGGCGACGGACAGGUUCUGGCUGACGGCGCUGUCUUCGGACCACUUCUGGAGAGGACAAGGAUCAACAUAAGCUGCGUUGUGAACGAAGGCAAGCCACAGCCUAAGGUGGUGUGGUACUUCAACGGAAAGGAGAUGCUGGAUGCUCAAACUGAGACUCCAAACAAGUCAACAGUGCAACACAUUCUACCCAUGAUUGUAACCCGUGCUGAACUCCGUGGUGAACUGAAGUGUGUCGUGUCUUCCGCAGCACUAGACGAGCCGAUUGUAAAACGGAUAGAACUGGAUGUCAAAGUGCCACCGAACAAGAUCUCAAUAACGGGCGUCGGAGAGCACGCAACACAAGGCACACUGCUGACACUGAUGUGCGCGGUGUCCGGCGCCAGACCAGCGGCCCGUAUCGAGUGGUACAACGGCACACAAAAGUUGAUAGCUGAAGAUAAUAACAUUCAGGUAUGUAACUUAUUCCAUCAUGAACUUAAUUCGAUGACCAGUGACUCGACGUUCGAGACGACGUCCAAUCUGACCUUCAAAGCGACUCGCUUCGAAAACGGACGUAAAUUCCGCUGUGAAGCCAUCAACGAUGUCAUGAUAGAAACGAAGGAGCACCCUAUACACGCCACGAGAGAAUUGGAAGUUUGGUAUCCGCCACUCGUCCACUUGGAGCCCAAAAACAUAACAGUGGUAGAGGGCGCGAAAAUUCUCCUGAAGUGCGAAUACGAGAGUAACCCAUCUUCUCUCAACGAAGUUAUUUGGUAUAGAGAUGGCAAGAAACUCAACGUGAAUAGUUCCCACUAUGAAGGUGGGACUACGGAUCAGCACGCGCUCAUCAUCGUCAACGCCAGGGGAGAGGACAUGGGCAACUACACCUGCUUGCUCUCCAACAUCGUGGGCAACGGGACCACCAACGAGACCAUUGAUGUUAAUAUUCUCUACAAGCCGCAAGUCCGACUAAACAUGAGUGAGCAAAGCCCCAUCCUGGAAACUGAUCACAAGAACGUCACCCUCACCUGUCAAGUAGUAUCGGGAAACCCGCCGAUCCUGGACGAGGUUAUAUGGUAUCUGGAUGGGGAGAUCCUGAAGCAUUUGCCAGAAUGUAACGGCACCAAUGAUAGCCUAUGUAAUGACGUGGACCCAUCAAUGCUGCUCCUCCAAGAUACCACUAAGAGCUUCCAUGGAAACUAUUCGUGCAAAGGCAAGAACUAUGCGGGAUGGGGCAGCGAGAGUAAGAAGACGGAAUUAGUCGUUAACUAUCCUCCGGGGCCAGCUAAACUCACAUACUCCCCCUGGCGAGUUAUAAAAGGACAGUCAUUAAUUUUAAGCUGCAGCGUACAAGAGAAAGGGAGACCUGAAUCUAACAGAUUCCGCUGGCAUCGUGGCGGUCGUCUCGUUAGCGACAUAGUGUCUGCGAACUGGACCAUUGACCCGGUCACCUUGGACCACAGAACCAACUUCUCUUGUCGCGGGAACAACACGGGAGGUGAAGGGGAACCGGCCUACGCCACAAUAGAUGUGCUCGCCCCGCCCAGUUUCAAAUACGCAAUGAAUCACUACAGUGGUGCGUUGUACAGAUCUCAGAACAUUUCGCUAUCCUGUACAGUGGAGUGCGCCCCCCUCUGCAGUGUGCAAUGGCUGAAGGAUGGUCAGGUCAUCGACCCAGACAAGACCGACAGAUACUACGUAGUCGAAAGGAAAAUAGAGCCGCAAGUGAAUAGAAACGAUUUUGAAGCCACAGAGUCCACUUUGCACUGGAACAUGUCGGCGUGGCCGGGCGGCGUGCUGUCGCGCGCGGCGGACGUGGCGCGCUACACGUGCCGCUCGUCGCGCAACGCCGCCGGCCCGCCCGUCAACAGCACCACCAAGUUCGCCGUCGAAUAUGAACCCGAAAACAUCACGGUGACACCGGAAACUGUUUCCGUAAUAGAGAACAAAAUUCCUGGGAAAGUCGUGUGUUCAGCAAAAGGUUUCCCAAUGCCUAGCUACACCUGGCGUCGGGAGCAUCCCAGCAAGAACCUAGGAAAAGACCACACAAAUAACUCCUUAAUUCUCUCCCCGUCGAACACUCUACUCCUGGGUCCUGUAACGAAGAAAGAUGGAGGCAACUACAUCUGCGAAGCGUACAACAAGCACGGUUCCGUCACCACCUCAGUAUUUCUGGAUGUUAUGUUUGUACCGGAAUGCGGUAUAAAGCAAUCCGUAAAGGACGGAGAGCAAGUUCUCGUGUGCACUGCACAAGCAAAUCCUGCUGAGGUAACCUUCUUUUGGAAGCUUAAAAACGACAAUGACAGCCUGACAGAUGAGAAGAUCUGGCAAGUAGGCCUACAGAGCUACCUACGCCUCAGCCCUAGCGUGGAAGUCUACCGGACCUACAAAUGCUAUGCUAAAAACUCCGUCGGAAUUUCUGAGGCGUGUGAGAGAGGCGUUGAAGGUAAUAAGGUGUGGUGGAGAGACCAGUACAAGCUCCUGCUAUUCGGUGGCAUCGCACUCGCUGUUUUAGUCAUCACCGUCAUUCUCUGCAUCAUCAUUAUUUGCAUUUGUAGGAGAAUGAGGGCCAAAUCUAAGUACAAUAAUCCUGUGGAAUUAGAGGAACGUGAGAAUCCGGAUGGUAGCUGUUUAAACGAGGUGUCUAUAGCUCAGUCAAUCAUAUCGCAAGCUUUGCCCGCUUUAUCGCCGCGCAUCAAUCUAUCAUUUAGCCCCAAAUCAUCAGAUCGGACCCGGCUAGUCGAUUCGCAAAGCUAUCCUCACAAUUUAGAAAUGAACAGAUUUAAAGAAAGAACCAAUAGCAGCAGCCUGCAAGCAAGUUUAUCACAGUUAGAGGCAACUAUCAAUUCAAAUAAAUCUACAAACAGAUUUGAUGAUACUAACAAAAUUGAACCACUGAACGCUGAAAUAAAAAAUGAUCAAAAUAAGCCCCAAACUGUUGUUACACCGAACAAAUGGCCCUUGAAACCGGGGGUUUUAGUGCACGUUAACUCAAAUCAUACUUUAAGUCCAAAAAAUCAAGCUCGACUUCAAACCACAACUGUAACCAAGACUACAGAUAAAGAAGAAAGUAAUUUAGGAUUACUAGAAAGAAAUCAAGGUAACGUAACAGAGAGCAAUAAGACACCUCCUAAAGUCGAAUACUCAAAGAAGAAUGGAAAACCAAAAAGACAUUCACACAACGUUGUGUCAGGAAUCAUUAAAAAUUUCCGAAAAAAAAGUGACAACGGUUCAGACGACGAGAGUGGAAAGUACAAGAAAAUUAACAAAUCUAACAGGAGAGCUGUUUCAUUAAUGAAUUUGGGUAAGGCCGGAUACGGUCUUCCCAAGAAACGAAUUAGGUCAUUUUUCCAAAGUGAAACGCCGAAUGUUAUUGUUACUGAAGGAGUUGUGUCGUUUAAAAGACCAGAUAGAAUUGCUCCAACAAAUGCUAAUGUAGAGUGUAUUAACGACUCUAAUUCAAGAGCCGCCAGAAAAAGGAAAAAGCCAGGAGACAGCCCACCUACGAAUGGCGUAGAUAAUGCGGCAAAUGGUAAUUUAGGAGCGGAAAAUCCAGGUCUCUACGAGAAUCUUCCGUUCCACGGUCUACAACAACCACCUAAUAAGCCUGUGCAAGCGAUACAGCCCAGAGUUGUUGAUCCCAACCAAAAAAAUAAUAAGGGGAUAGAGACACUACAAAAACAAUUGACAACAAAUCCAUCUUUCACUCCAAGGAUUGUAUGCCCGCCAUUUGUACAAAAUGCCAUAAAUUAUCCAGUAACAUCGUUAACAAACACACAGUGUCAGGCUACGUAUGGAAUUCCAGUGUUAUCACCAAUUCAACAAAUGUAUCCAUUACACCAAACGGUGUUGCUUAAUCCGUAUCUACCACCAAUGCAACCAUCAUUUCUAAAACAAUUUCCAACUAUUGACGAAGAGGUAGAACCAGACACAAGAAGGUUUAGCUCGCUAAACACUCGAAAUAGUAAAAAACCUCCUCGGUUUCAAUCGAUGAGAAUAAUCAGAAAAAGGAAUAUAGAAAGAUUCUAUCCAAACACCGAAUAUGGAGACAACUUCAAUGAAAUUAACAACAACAAAAAUAAUACAGACAAUUCUGAUAACGACCGAGAUGUAUCGACAAAUGAAGAUACAAUUUACGCAAAUUAUCCAUCUUUACUUAAAAUAAAAUCCAACAUAAGUGGCGUAGAGCAGUUUGAGAAUUUAACUGAUUCCAUCGAGGUUUACGAAGAACCCAAUUACCAUUUGAACCUAUCAACCAAUUCUCUCAACAAACCGAUACCAGCUCCACGAAAAAAAAUAUCGCCAUUCAAUUCACCACUUAAGUCCGAUCAUGUAUAUGUCAACUUAUCUAUGCCUCUUAUUAAUACUUCAAACUUAAAAUCAGUUGACAUUGUUGAUGCUCCUGUACGAUCAUCAAAAUCUGUCGAAGACGUGUCGAAAAUUGAAAAAUUUCCAAUUCGUAACGCCAGAAGUAAUUUAAGCAUAGUUAAAAAUAACACACCAGAAAAUGAUAAAACUGACAACGAUGAAACUAAGACUCUCAGUAAAAAAAUGAACAUCCAAAGCAUAGGCACAGAUAUCAAGAAACCAAAUAUUGUAGCUGCAACACCAAAAAGAAGCACAGCAACCGCUUCUGUUAUAUUACCUUCCACUUCCUUAGUGAAAUCAGUAGUAAGCCAAUUAAAUGAUCAAGCAGGGAUCAACAAAGUAGGAUUACCAAAAAAGCAAGUUAUAGUGCCGAAUAAAACUUUACAAAUACCAAAAUUGGCUGAAAAGCCUAUACCAAAAAAGACAUUAGUUAAACGUAGUAAUUCAGUUCAAAGUAACAUAACCAUAAACAGUGAUAUUGCUCAGAAUACUAACAUACUUCAACAGCAAUACAUGCAAAAAAGAAAUCAUUUUACUAACUUAAGCUCUAAAGGAAAGAAUAAGAAAAAUUUUCAAAUACCGUUACAAAAACAUCACAGUUUCUGUUAUUUUCAACCGAUUAGAGUCGACAAACGGAUCCCCGUUGACCAAGAAAGAUCAUAUAACAAUACAAUAGGUCCUGUUAUAUACCAAACGGGGGAUGUUCAAUAUUAUACAAAAACAUUAAACAGAACUAGAGAGAAGAACAGUCAAAAAUUAAAUCGCUUAAAAAAAUCUGAAAGUCUACGAGAAAAAUUAUCCUGUGUUGGAAUCUACGAUAACUAUGAGAAGCCAAAUUAUCCAGAACCAGAAUAUAAUGACUCUGAAAGGAAGUCAUAUUUGCAGCUCUUAAAAGGGAACUACAUAUCAAGUUCUUCAAGAAAUAUCAACCCAGAGCAUAACUGUAGCUCAAAUUUCAAUACAAUGGGUCCUAAAGACGAAAGACCCAAACACAAAAAAUUAGUGUACGCUGACUUAGCUCUAGGUAAUCAUAAUUUAAAAUUUAAAAAUACAGUCAAUUCAAAUAAACAUUUAUACGAUACCUACUCUAUAGGGAAUGCUGAUACUAAUAAGGAAACUAACAAUAGUUAUAAGAAUAAUGUAUUAAGCAGUCAGAGGAAAGGCAGCCAUCAACAUAAGAGUGACUACGCCACUCUUAAAUUUAACGAGAUCGACGUCUGA